CUUCAUCGUUUUCCUGUAUCGAAUUCCAAUUCCGAACCCGAACCCGAACCCAAACCCAAUCCAUUAUUCAUUCAAAUCUCCGAUAUACAAAUCUUCGAAACCCACGAACCCUUUUCACGAAAUCAAUGGAGGGUUCGAUUCGUUGCUCUGCAAAUUACGUCCCUCUCUCCCCAAUAAGCUUCUUGCUGAGAUCGGCCAUCGUAUACAGAGACAGAGCCUCUGUUGUCUAUGGCGAUAUCAAGUUCACUUGGAGAGAGACUCUUGAAAGGUGUAUCAGCCUCGCUUCUUCUCUCACCCACCUGGGAAUUUCUCGCGGCGAUGUGGUUGCUGCUUUGGCUCCAAAUAUUCCAGCAAUGUAUGAGUUACACUUUGGAGUUCCAAUGGCGGGGGCAGUUCUUUGUACGCUUAAUGUACGCCAUGAUUCAAAAAUGGUUUCGGUUUUAUUGAAGCAUUCAGAGGCCAAAAUUAUAUUCGUAGACCACCAAUUUCUUGAUGUUGCAAGGGGAGCAAUAGAAAUUCUAUCCAAGAUGGGCUCCAAGGUGCCUCGUCUAGUCUUAAUCCUAGAGUCCAAUAAAUCAUCUCCCUCCACCAAUUGUUUGGAAUAUGAGAGGGUUUUAGCAACGGCAAAGCCUGAUUUUGAGAUCAAAUGGCCAAAUGACGAAUGGGACCCUAUUUCGCUGAAUUACACGUCAGGCACAACAUCGAGCCCAAAAGGCGUUGUUUAUAGUCAUAGAGGUGCCUAUCUCAAUUCUCUGGCUGCUGUUCUUCUUAAUGAAAUGCCCUCAAUGCCGGUCUAUUUAUGGACUGUUCCAAUGUUUCACUGCAAUGGCUGGUGCCUUACUUGGGCUGUGGCGGCACAGGGUGGCACAAAUGUUUGCCUGAGAAAUGUCUCUGCAGAGGGCAUUUUUGACAAUAUUUCUCAGCAGCACGUGACCCACAUGGGUGGUGCACCCACCGUUUUGAACAUGAUAGUGAAUGCCCCAGCCAGUGCCCGGCAACCCAUUCCGGGAAAGGUGGUGGUGAUGACUGGCGGUGCACCACCACCUCCUCAAGUACUUUUUAAGAUGGAGGAGCUAGGGUUUGGUGUCACUCACUCGUACGGUUUGACAGAAACUUACGGUCCAGGCACGGUUUGCACUUGGAAACCAGAGUGGAAUUCCCUCUCACCUGAGGUGCAGGCGAAGAUCAAGUCCCGUCAAGGGUUACAUCAUCUCGGGAUGGAGGAAGUCGAUAUAAAGGAUCCAAAUACUAUGAAGAGUGUACCACCAGACGCAACAACAAUGGGUGAGGUUAUGUUUAGAGGGAACACAAUAAUGAACGGUUACUUGAAAGAUUCCAAAGCAACGGAGGAGGCUUUUAAAGGUGGGUGGUUUAGGAGUGGGGACUUGGGGGUUAAACACCCCGAUGGAUACAUAGAACUGAAGGAUCGUUCAAAGGACAUUAUCAUCUCGGGGGGAGAGAAUAUAAGCUCGAUUGAGGUUGAGUCCGUGUUGUUUAGCCAUCCGGCAGUUCUUGAGGCUGCGGUUGUUGGAAGACCUGACGAGCAUUGGGGAGAAACGCCUUGCGCAUUUGUGAAGUUGAAGGAUGGUUGUAAUGUGAGUGCUGAUGAGAUUAUCAAGUACUGUCGUGAUCAUUUGCCACAUUAUAUGGCUCCGCGAACUGUUGUUUUUGAGGAUUUGCCAAAAACUUCGACAGGAAAGACUCAGAAAUUUGUUCUAAAGGAGAAAACAAAGGCUAUGGGAAGCCUUACAAAAAGGAGCACCAGCAAAUUGUAAAGGAGACUUCAUUGGCUGGUAACAUUGGUUAGUAUGUGGGCUGUUAAUUAUGUGGUUGUUGAUUAGAUUGCUCAAAUAAGAGGCGUUGUUGGGCUUGAUUAAUGAAUGCAAUUAUUUUUAUUUUUAUUGUUAUUAUGAUUAUUAUUAUUAUUUUUGUGGGUAUCUUAAAAUGCAACUCCUUUGGUUAGAUCAAAAUGUAUCUUACAUAGAACACCUACUUAAGGAUUAGCACU